CUCAGCCAUUCUUUUUAUAAAGAAAACCAGUUGACAAAAACUACUUAAUUUUAGAAAAAAAUGAAACUGGAGCUGGUUUUCAUACCAUCACCCGGUGACGGCCACAUCAGACCACUAGUGGAAGUUGCUAAGCUUCUUGUCGACCGUGACGACCGUAUCUCCGUCACCAUCCUUAUCAUCCCUCAGAUGCAUGGAUUCAGUAGCGGAAGCUCUAACUCCUACAUCGCUUCACUCUCCACCGCAUCUGAAGACCGCCUCCACUACAACGUUCUCUCCGUCGCAGAUGAACCAAACUCCGAUGGCCCUAAACCCAAUUUCCUCUCCUACAUCAAUAGCUUCAAGCCACAGGUGAAGGCCACGGUUGAGAAACUCAUCACUGAUCCAGCCCAACCUGACUCGCCGCCAUCGCGGCUUGCUGGAUUCGUGGUGGACAUGUUCUGCACGGAGAUGAUUGAUGUCGCCAACGAGUUUAACGUACCGAGUUACCUGUUCUACACCUCCAACGCCACGUUUCUGGGGUUGCAAUUCCACGUUCAGCAUCUUUACGAUGAUGAGAAAUAUGACGUCACCGAUUUGAAGGAUUCGGACAUAACCGAGUUGGAGGUUCCGUGUUUUACUCGUCCUUUACCGGUUAAGUGUUUCCCCUCGGUCAUGUUAAACAAAGAUUGGUUACCGGUUAUUUUUGGCCAAGUGAGAAGAUUCAGAGAAACCAAGGGUAUUUUGGUAAAUACGUUUGCUGAGCUGGAGCCUCAUGCUAUGAAGUUUUUCUCCGGGGAAGAUAAUACUCUUCCUACGGUUUAUCCGGUUGGACCGGUUCUGAAUCUCAAAACCAACGGUCCUGAUUCAACAGACGACAAGCAGACAGAGAUCCUAAGCUGGUUGAACGAGCAGCCACGUGAGUCUGUUGUGUUCCUCUGUUUCGGAAGCAUGGGAGGUUUCCGUGAGGAGCAAGCAAAGGAAAUAGCAAUAGCGCUUGAGCGAACCGGACAUCGUUUCCUUUGGUCUCUUCGCCGUGCUCCGCCAAAGGGAACGAUGGGACAUCCCGAAGAGUUUACAAACCUUGAAGAGAUUCUCCCGGAGGGAUUCUUAGACCGGACUGCGAAGAUGGGUAGGAUUAUCGGUUGGGCUCCACAGAACGCAAUACUAGCAAACCCUGCGGUGAGAGGAUUUGUUUCGCACUGUGGAUGGAACUCAACACUUGAGAGUCUUUGGUUUGGUGUUCCUAUAGCCACGUGGCCUCUUUAUGCCGAGCAGCAGAUUAACGCUUUUGAGAUGGUGGAGGAGCUAGGGUUAGCAGUGGAAGUCCGGAACUCUUUCAGGGCAGAUAUUAUGGCCGAGGAGUCGGCGUUAAUGACGGCGGAGGAGAUAGAGAGGGGGAUCCGGUGUCUGAUGGAGCAGGAUAACGUAAGGGAUAGAGUGAAGGAGAUGAGUGAGAAGAGUCACGUGGCUUUAAUGGAAGGUGGAUCUUCACACGAUUCUCUUCUUAAGUUCAUAGAAGACGUCACUAAGAAUAUUUCUUGAAUGUUCGCAAACGUAGAGAAUCUUUCAUUACUCUAAGGCUAUCAUUACAAUAACCCAUUUCAUUGGUUAAAAUCUCAUGUAACGAUGGUUUGUAUCUGUUAUAUAAAAAUUUCUUUCUGAUUACUAAAACGAAUAAA